AUGUCUGCACCAAGACCCUACGUCUCCAGCGGGCACAUGCUCGAACGCCCGCCUAUCUCCGCCCGAAUCCGCUAUUUCAUCGAUGACCUGUAUAUCUUCCUCGGACUAUACGUUGUCAGUUUCUUCUCGCUCAACGCCUCCUUAGCAGCACGAAACUCCCAAUUCAAUGUCCAGAACAUAAACAAUACGCAGCUCCACCGGCCGCGAUGGGGUAGUUCGACGGGUGGUGGUGGUGGUGGUGGCGGCGGCGGCGGCGGCGGCGGAGGACCGGGUGGUCCUGGGAAGAGGCUUGGUGGCAGUGGUGGAGGACUUACGAGACGUAUUGGGCGGGUUGAUGAUAUCCGGGGACCGGAGUGUGGGAGUGGAGGCUGUGGCUAG